UCAGUUAAUUUUAUAUAAAUUAUAUAUUAAAUAUGACUACUUUGAAUAUCAGUGAACUUACCAUAGUAAAAAGGAAUCUACAUGUCCCUUCCCUUGAUGAAAUAAAAGAUGUGUUAAAGGAAGGAUUAAUUAGAAAUUUUGCAAAUGUUGAAGUAGAAAUUGUUGAUUGUCCUGAUUUAACACAAGAACCAUUCGCACUUUCUGCUCCAGGAUUAAAUGGUAAUUCAACAUUGUUAGAAAUUGGUGGUCCAUCAUUUCUUCUUCCUAUUGUACAAAAAAAAUUAUAUGAUAUUCAACAACUCUUAAAUCAUUUACAUUAUAAAGAAGAUUCUUUUGUUAUUGGGGCAGGGGCUGGUCCAUGGCCAUACAUAAAUUCUAAUUGUGAGCUUAUAAUGAAUAUGAUUGUUUCAUUAUCUAAUAUACAAAAUGGAACUCAUAUUUCAUCUGUCAAUAAAGCAAAUGGAAACUGUGAACUUCAAAAUUUACCUAACAAUGAAACGAGAUUUGCUUUGUUAGCCAAUUUAUUUGUCACUGAAGGAAAACCUGGUAAAGUUUUAAAAGUUCAUGUUAAAAAACGUAUUGGAAAUGAUGACUUUAUUGCAUGUAUGCAAAAAGCAAUUGCUCAACAUUAUCACAAUAAUCUUGUUGGAUUAGGAGGAACAUUUUUAAUAAAAAAUGGAAAAGUCAAACAGCAUGUUAUGCCAGAUUUCUCAGUAACUCCAUUACAUACUGAAGCACAACUUAAUAAUUGGUUACACUUUUAUAACAUGUCAACACCUUUAAUAGCUGUUGGUACAUUUGUUAGUUCUGAAAGUGAUUUAGAUCUUCGUGUUCAACAUUUUCACAGUUUUUCUCAUCAUGGAGAAGGUGGUCAUUAUCAUAUUGAUACAACUCCAGAAACUAUAGAAUACUUGGGAUAUUUCAAUUUAGGUACUACACUUUAUCGUAUAGAUAAACCACUAACUGGUAUAGAAUUUGGAAAGGACUAAUUUUUGUUACAUUGUUAUAUAUACAUUCUUAUAAUAUUCAAUAUUUGUAAUAUUCAAACAAAAAUUAUGCAUAAAUAAUUA